ACAAUUAUUUAUAGUAUCGCAAAAGCUAUUUCUAUACGUAAUGCCAGGUAUUUAGUGCAUCUACAUGGAAAAUAAAGUCUCCGCAAUAAAAAGAUAGCAACGCUGUCCGAAGUUUAAAAGGCGGCUUGUCACCUUUCGCGUAAACAGUCGCUUUAGAACAGCACCAUGGAUUUGACUUAUAUUCUCUGCCAAGUGGCGGUCGCACUCCUGGCGGUCGCCUUCUACUCCCUCCAUCGGAGACUGACGUACUUCAAACGUCGCGGCAUCCCUCAUGAUCCUCCGCAUGUCCUGAAGGGCAACAUCAAGGGGUACAACAGCAACAGGACUGCCAACGACAUAGUCCUGGAUUAUUAUAAUAAAUACAGAGACACCAAGGCCCCCUUUGUGGGCUUCUACUUCUUCCAGAAACCCAUUGCUUUUAUCAUGGAUCUGGAUCUGGUGAAGCACAUCAUGAUCAAGGACUUUUCAAACUUCUCCGACAAGGGACUGUACCAUAACGAAAAGGACGAUCCCCUCUCGGCCCAUCUCUUUAAUUUAGACGGUUCUCAGUGGCGUUUGCUACGAAGCAAAUUAUCCUCGGCUUUUGCUUUUGGAAAAAUGAAGCUCAUGUAUCCCACAGUGGUUUCGGUGGCCGAGGAACUCCUGGCAGUGAUGCACGAGAAAGUGGAACGAAAUUCUGUGCUGGAUAUACGGGACGUAAUGGCCAGGUUUACGGUGGAUGUGAUCGGCACCUGUGCUUUUGGCAUUAAGUGCAACAGUCUUCGCGAUGAGAACUCCGAGUUCCUGCACUUUGGAAAACGCUCUUUGACGGACAAACGCCAUGGUCCUCUGCUGCAUGGAUUUAUGCACAGCUAUCCUGGUUUGGCAAGACGAUUAGGGUUCGUUAGAACUGCUCAGCACAUCCAGAACUUCUACCAAAGGAUUGUCUAUGAAACUGUGGCGCUGAGGGAAAAGGAGAAUAUCAGGCGGAAUGACUUUAUGGAUCUCUUGAUUGAUAUGAAAAACAAAAAGGAAAUGACUUUGGAUAAUGGAGAAGUGGUCAAGGGACUCACCAUGGACGAGGUGCUGGCCCAAGCCUUUGUGUUCUUUAUUGCCGGUUUCGAGACAUCCUCCUCUACCAUGGGAUAUGCUCUGUACGAAUUAGCGAAGAAUCCUCACAUCCAGGACAAGGUCAGAGCUGAAGUGGAGGAAGUUCUGGAGAAGCAUGGCCAGGAGCUCUCUUUUGAGAGCAUUAAAGAACUCAAAUACCUAAGCAUGGUUAUAGAUGAAACCUCUCGUCUGUACUCCAUUGCAUCUCAUCUGAUUCGAAAAGCCCACAGGCGCUACGUGGUGCCAGGACAUCCUAAUUUUGUCAUCGAAGCGGGCCAGCUGGUCUUCAUCCCCGCAACUGGCAUACACCACGAUCCGAGCAUAUAUCCCAGUCCAUAUGAGUUUCAACCAGAGAGGUUUUCACCCGAAGAAGUGGCCAGUCGUCCUUCGGUUGCCUGGCUGCCUUUCGGCGACGGUCCUCGAAACUGCCUGGGAAUGAGAUUUGGCCAGAUGCAGAUGCGCAUAGCACUGGCUCUGCUCAUCAAGAACUUUAGGUUCUCUAUGUGUUCCGAGACCUCAGAUCCUCUAGUAUUCGAUCCCAAGUCACUUGUACUCACCGUUUUGGGUGGAAUCCAAUUGAAAGUAGAAGUGAUCUGAGAUGAUAGCUGCUACAAUGGAAUAUUUUUAAGAAAGACAUAUCACUAUUAUCAGUCGUGGGCUUGGGGCAGGUUAGGUUCUUGGGGAGACAGAAAAACAAAGACUAGAAAAUUUAAAGAUAAUGCAGUGAUCAAGUUUUUAUGCAAAUACAAAGUAAAUGAAAUGAACGAUGACGACGGACCCACAACAAUAAUUCAAAGUCAAAUUCUGAUAAGCGACGUCGGAUUUUAUACAGUAAUAACUGCUUACAAAGAAAGUAUGCAAGGUAAAUAAACCUCAUAA